AUGGAGCCGCUUCGGAACGUAUCACGACAAGACUCUGAAAAGUCUGAGGCCCGUCGAGAACUAAAUCGAUCCAACUCUGCCGUCCAACAUGUCACCGAUACCAUGAUCGCCGUCACGGAAUCUUUUCGCCAUCAUUAUCAACAACAAUAUGGUGAUUACUCUCCAGCAGCACCGGCUCCCACUUACACAAACCUCAAUUCUCACUCUCAGCCUGGACAAUACUCUCACUCUCGUUCCAAUUCUCAGCUAUACUCGCAUUCUCAUGCCAGAAGUCCUUCAAGCGUCAGCGAAAUAUCCCAGAAUGUGAAUUUGCUAGACAUGGAUGUGGUGAGCCAGAUGAGUGUAUCAGAAAUGACUGUUUCACCCGUUUCACCGCAUCGAGGCAACUAUAUACCUAUAUCACUUAUGCCAGGACGACCUCCAAAUGUUGAGACAGAUUCUCUCCUUGACCGUGAAGCGGAAUUGGAAAUGGCUCAGACUCCAGCACAAGUCCCUGAAGACUUGAUUCGACUGGCAACACCAAACUUACCACAGCGAUUAGAUACGCCUCAUACACCACCUCCACGAUUCAGUGUUCCAGUAAACCUGGCCGAGUCUCGCCCAAACGAAACUCCUGCUGUUACCACAGGCCCAACGCCAUCGGACUUUUCGGUCAACCAUGGCGGACUUGUCCAAGCUGCCAGGCGCUUUGAAGCGUUCCGGGGAACAACACAGCAUCACCAAUACAUGGCCCUGAGGCCUGACAUGGGUACACGAUCACUCCCGCUAGGCACGGUCACCCACAUUCGUGCGGGAUCCGACCCAGAUCCUUCUUCAUCUGCAAGUCAGGGUUUGCGAAGGAAACCCCUGAACGAGGGGGCCAGGAUGAUUGAGUUCAACCAUGCCACCAACGAAAGCCUUUUUGUUGCUGUCAUAUGUAUGGCACAGGUUCUGACAUAUGCCAGUCUUGCACAGACACUGACAUCUGCCCGACGAAUUGGAGAGUCAUUCUUCGAACCAGAGCGCACAACACACCUUGCUUGGUUCACAUCAGCGUAUGCACUGAGUUAUGGCGCGACCACUCUUUUUGGCAACCGGAUCGGGAAUGUCUGCGGUCAAAGAUAUACCUUCAUUGCUGGAUACAUUUGGUUUGCCCUUUGGAGUCUGCUUACUGGUCUCGGUGUGUAUGUACAGACGAGUGCAAAUGGAGGAGCCGUGUUCUUCUGCUUCUGUCGAGCUAUGCAAGGCAUCGGCCCUGCACUUACUAUUCCAAAUGGACACGGAAUGCUGGUGAGGGCUUAUCCUCCUGGGCCUCGUAAGAUGCUUGUGAUGGGAUUCUUCGAUGCCUCUGUCCCUUUCGGAUUUGUUAUUGGGUCGAUAAUGACAGGAUUGUUUGCCAAUUAUGCCUCGUGGCCAUGGGCCUUUUACUGCCUGGCCGUGAUAUGUACAGCUCUAGGUAUUUCAAGCAUCCUUGUUAUCCCGGCAAAGAGAGUCUUGGUCUACAAUUUCGAAGGCAACUUGUGGAAGCGGUUGGACAUAUUGGGUUUCGUGUUUGGAAUCGCUGCCUUGAUUUUUUUCAGCGUUGGUUGGAACCAGGCGCCUAUUGUGGGAUGGGAUACUCCCCAGGCGUAUAUCUUGAUCAUUGCAGGUAUCAUACUUAUACCACUAUUCGCUUUCUUCGAGUCACAGGCCAGUCACCCGUUGGUGCCCUUCAAGCAGAUUCACCUGGCUGCUGGUAUCACACUUGGCUUCGUAACGGCAGCAUCAGCAGCAUUUGGAAUCUGGGCAUGGUAUUUCGUACAGUUUAUCGAAGUUGUGAGAGGUUGGGGUCCUCUUCUCACGAGUGCUGCUCUUGUGCCAGUACUAGUGGUUGGUGUUAUCAUCGCCUUUGGAUGUUGGCCCUUUGCAAAUCGCGAUUUUACAGCACAGUUGAGCAUGGUGGUCUCAUCAAUCACCAUUCUGAUUAGUUCAGCUCUCCUGGCGUCAGCCCCAACUCAACAAGCAUAUUGGGCCAACUCAUUUGUCAGCGCCAUCUUCAUGGGGGUUGGUAUGGUGUUGAUUGUUCCCGCUUCCUCGACUGUGCUCGGACGAGAUGUGCCGGAGGGACAACUGGGACUCGCAAACAGUAUCACCAAUACAGCAGCAGCUUUCGCCUUUUCAGUAGGGCUGGGCAUGGCUGGAGCUGUGGAAAUGGGUAAGGGCGGUGACAAGGAUCCCUUGGGAGGAUAUCGGGAUGCGCAAUACUUUGGCCUAGGACUAGGAGGGCUGGCCUUUAUCUUAGCCCUGGGCCUGUUGUGUGCAGCGUUACUCAGACGCCGAGGGGAGUGA